AGCCUCGUCGGCCGUUGGCCAACAUGGCGGCGCGUCGGUCCGUGACAACUUCCGCUUAUGAAAAGCGGAAAGAUACAUUUCUUUUUGAGCUUAUCUCGAUGACGGAAUACUUUUAGCGGCCUAGGCGCUGACGCCAUGGACACGGAUAAGCCAGCAAAGCUGGAGUUCGCGGUGCAGAUGACGUGUGAGGCCUGUGGAGAUCAAGUCCAAACCGCUCUUGAACACCAAGCAGGCAUCUCUUCUGUCAGCGUGGAUGUCGGCGACGGACGGGUCCUGGUGGAGACCUCCCUGAGCAGUGGCGAGGUGCAGGCCUUGAUUGAGAGCACCCAUCGUCAGGCUAUCCUCAAGGGCAUGGGGAGCUCCGAGGAGCACGGCGACCUGGGCGCCGCCGUGGCCAUGUUAGCCGGCAAGGAGGGGCGGGUCCGGGGCGUGGUGCGCUUUCUGCAGCUGUGCGAAGAGCGCUGCCUGAUCGACGGCACCAUCGACGGCUUGGAGCCCGGAGCCCACGGCCUCCACGUACACGCGCUCGGCGACCUCACGGACGACUGCCUCAGCUGCGGCGAGCACUUCAACCCGUUUGGAAGACACCAUGGGGGCCCACGAGAUGCUGAGCGGCACGUUGGCGAUCUGGGAAAUAUUCUGGCUGGACCCGAAGGCAGAGCGUCGUUCAGACUGGAGGACAGCCAGCUUAAAGUCUGGGACGUGAUCGGGCGGUCUCUGGUGGUGGACGCCGGGCCGGACGACCUGGGCCGCGGUGGGCAUCCGCUCUCCAAGCUGACGGGAAACUCCGGUGCCGGGCUGGCGUGCGGCAUCAUCGCCAGGUCGGCGGGCCUCUUCCAGAACCCCAAGCAAGUGUGCGCCUGCGACGGACUCACGCUGUGGGAGGAGCGAGGGCGGCCCAUCGCCGGGAAAGGCCGCAGCAACCUCUGACGCCGGAUCGCGCGUGAAGAUAGGCCCAGCCGGUCGUCAUGCCGCAAAACGUCCACUGUCUUAAAGCUCCAGAAAACAUUGAAAGUCACAAGUCCUGUUCCAGCGCCAUAUUGGACUGGUCAAAUGGCUUGAUGGAAAAUGCGACUUAAGACACUUCUGUCAACUGCUGUUUUGUUUUUUUUUUCACAUUAAAAGAGGU